GACGACAAAAAUAUGGAUUCCAAAGAGAAUGAUCAUGACAAAUCCUCCCUGAAGGAGGAUUUCAAUGAAGGGCAUACCUCUGGGACCAUUGGGGGUUUGCAUCGUCGACUUGGAAUUCGACACAUUCAACUCGUCGCCAUUGGCGGCUCUAUUGGCACAGGCCUUUUCAUUGCCAUAGGAACUGGCCUUUAUAAGGGGGGUCCAGCAAGUCUUCUCCUUGCCUUUAUUGUUGAAUGCCUGAUGGUCAGCAUGCUCAAUAAUUGCCUCGCUGAAAUGUCCACUUACAUGGCUGUACCUGGCGGCUUCAUUGGCCUGGCGGGCAAAUGGUGCGAUGAUGCAUUGGGGUUCAUGGCAGGAUGGAACUUUUUUAUUUACAUGGCUCUGACUGUGCCUUUUGAGAUAUCUGCUGUCAGUGUGUUGCUUGAAUAUUGGCGAGACGACAUUCCCCACAUUGCCGUGAUCCUUGUUUGCAUGGCGUUCUAUGCGACCAUCAAUUUACUCGCGGUUGGAACAUACGGAGAAGCCGAGUUUUGGCUCAGCGGUGGCAAAGUGGUCUUGAUAUUCAUCCUCUUCGCUUUUACUUUCAUCACAAUGGUAGGGGGUAAUCCAGCGCAUGACACCUUUGGAUUUCGAUCUUGGAAUACCGGUGAUGCUUUUGCCGAAUACUCUUCGAAUGGAUCGCUGGGCCGCUUCGAAGGCUUCCUUGGAGCCUUGUGGAUCGCCGUCUUUACCUGCGUAGGCCCCGAAUAUAUUGCAAUGAUCUCGGCCGAGGCGAAACAUCCACGGAUAUACGUUAAAAAAGCCUUUCAAACGGUCUACUGGCGCUUCUGUGUCUUUUUCAUUGGUGGCGCUCUCUGUGUCGGUAUCCUGGUCGCUCACAACGAUCCCACUCUUGUCGAAGCUAUCUCAAGUGGCAAGUCCGGCUCCGCUGCUUCGCCGUACGUGAUCGCGAUGAAGAAUAUGGGCAUCAAAGUCUUACCCGAUCUGGUCACUGCCCUCAUGAUCACGUCAGUCUUCUCAGCGGGUAACACCUAUACCUAUGCGGCGACUCGAGCAUUGCAUAGCUUGGCAGUAGCAGGUCGUGCUCCCCGGUUCUUCGCAAAAACAACUAAGAAGGGUAUACCCAUUUACAGCUUCCUUGUUGUGAUGGCUUUUGCGUGUCUUGCCUUCCUCCAGCUCUCUGGUAGUGCAAUGCAAGUUUUGAACUGGCUCAUUAGUCUAACAACCGCGAACAUUCUCAUCGACUAUAUUAUUAUCACACUUACAUAUAUCAACUUCUACCAUGCCUGCAAAGCGCAGAACUUCGACCGGUCCAAGUUGCCUUAUUACGGUCGCUUUCAGCCAUAUUGCGGCUAUAUCGCUCUUGCAUGGAUGGUAACGAUCGCCGGUUGUUUUGGCUACGAGAGCUUCAGGCCUUGGAGCACCUCAAAUUUCUUCCUCAACUAUACUAUGAUUCUGCUGGCACCAAUCGUCUUUAUUUCCUGGAAAGUCUACAAAAGGACAAGAUGGCUACGACCGCACGAGGUGGAUUUGAUAUGGGAGGCGGAGCGCAUCGCAACAUACGAGGCACAUGAAUCAGAACAGCCCAUUGGCUUCUGGAGAGAGUGCGUCACUAUGUUCAACUUCAAGAAACAUUAUCGUCGGAAAGUUGCAGGUGAGGCGGCUUGA